AAGGACGCAGCCCCGCCCGCCAUGGCCCGGCUCCUGACCGUCACCCUCGGUUGCAUCAGCCUCCUCUACCUGCAGCUCCCGGGCGCGCUGUCCCGGCGGCCCGCCAGACCGAGGGAGCCCCCAGCCCGGAACCCUUCCAGUGGCCUGCAGCCCCGGCACCCUGCACCCCAGCCUGCAGUCUGGAAGCUACGCCAGGCCUUCCAGCCACAGAGGAGUGCCAGCCUGGCCUCUGCUAUGGGUCAGCCUCUCCGGGACGGCCCCCGCCGACACUUGGGCCCCCGCAGGCCCCAAGCCCAGCUCCUGCGGGUAGGCUGUGUGCUGGGCACCUGCCAAGUACAGAACCUUAGCCAUCGCCUAUGGCAGCUGGUCGGGUCGGCCGGCCCACGGGACUCAGCCCCCAUGGACCCCAGCAGCCCCCACAGCUAUGGCUGAGGAGGGGCAGGCCA